GAUGCCGGGGCUGACGCCUGACGGGCUUGCCGCAGCCCCGGCGAAGCUGUUCGGUAACGGCGCUUUGUGUUCCGUAGGAGCUGAAGAUGAACAAGCCCGUAACGACCGCCACGUACGUCCGCUGCCUUAGCUACGGGCUCAUGAGGCAGCUGGCGGAUUUCAUCGAUCCGCAAGAAGGGUGGAAGAAAUUAGCAGUUGAUAUAACCGAUCCCUCCGGUGGAAGCAGAUACAAUCAAAUGCAUAUAAGGAGAUUUGAGGCAUUUGUACAAAUGGGAAAGAGCCCCACAUGUGAAUUACUUUAUGACUGGGGAACCACAAACUGUACAGUUGGUGAUCUUGUGGAUCUGCUGAUUAGGAAUCAGUUCCUAGCACCAGCAAGCCUCUUGCUUCCAGAAGCUGUAAGGAUGACACAAGAAGUUACGUUACCUCUUUCUUCACAGGAAACCUUGCCUAUACAUGAGAAACAACUGCCUAUACAGGAAAAAGAAGUAGCAUCUGUAAAGCCUGUUCUAUCUCAGAGUACUGAGAAGCAACAUUCAGCUCCUCCGUACUUAAGUCAAGAAAAUAGCAGCUCACAGUCCAGUAACACAGAUUUCCAUAAUUUUUCAUUUCAUGACUUGGAAAGUGUUACAAAUAACUUUGAUGCACGACCAGAAUCAGCUGGAGGUAAUAAAUUGGGAGAAGGUGGCUUUGGCAUUGUGUUCAAAGGCUACAUCAAUGGCAGAAAUGUGGCUGUCAAGAAGCUUGUUGCUAUGGUUGAUGUUAGUGUUCAGGACUUGAAACAGCAAUUUGAUCAAGAAAUAAAAAUGAUGGCAAAGUGUCAGCAUGAGAAUCUAGUAGAACUACUUGGUUUCUCAAGUGAUGGUGCUCAGCCUUGUCUGGUGUAUGAAUACAUGCCCAAUGGUUCAUUGCUUGACAGACUUGCUUGUCUGGAUGACACUCCACCAAUUUCUUGGAAUACAAGAUGUAGAAUUGUUCAAGGUACAGCAAAUGGCAUCAACUUUUUGCAUGAAAAUAAUCAUAUUCACAGAGAUAUUAAAAGUGCAAAUAUCUUAUUAACUGAUACGUAUAUGCCCAAAAUCUCUGACUUUGGACUUGCAAGAGCAUCAGUAACAUUCACACAAACAAUCAUGACUGAAAGAAUUGUUGGAACAGCAGCCUAUAUGGCACCUGAAGCUCUGCGAGGAGAGAUAACACCUAAGUCUGAUAUCUUCAGUUUUGGAGUAGUCUUGCUAGAAAUAAUAACAGGUCUUCCUCCAGUAGAUGAAAACAGGGAGCCACAGUUACUGUUAAGUAUCAAAGAUGAAAUUGAGGAUGAGGAAGCAACUGUUGAGGACUAUGUUGAUGAAAAGAUGAGUGACUGGGAUGUACCUUCAGUUCAUAAAAUGUAUUCAAUUGCUGAUCAGUGUCUGAAUGAGAAAAAAAACAGGCGGCCAGACAUUAAGAUGGUCCAACAGCAUCUACAAGAGAUAAAAACUUGAUACGUGUUUCUUCUGAUACACAAACAUUUUUGUAAUGGAGGAGUCACGAGUAUGAUGCGAAGCAUAUGAUCAUUUUCUUGUAACGUAUUUACUUAUAGCAACAUAAUGAUUUCUGAAUAUUGCUUAAUAAUCCUGCUUGCCCUGACUGUUCUGUGGAAACUUACCAAGGACUACUGUGUUUGGCAAAAAUAAGAGACAUGUCCCUGAAAAGCAGAUGUGUUCUAACAAGUUGAGUCUUUGUAGACUAUCUGUGGACAGUAGAAACUGGUAAGAUAGAGGUGGUAAACCGGCUGUAACCACUCUUGUUCAAGAAAUUGGCUAAGAGAACCUGCGCAUGCUCCGAGGAAAAGUACAAGGUGAGGAAGACUGUGAGCCUUCCUCCAAAAGGCCCCCGAAGACGACCACCAGGAGGCGAUGCGCAGGCGCAAAGAGAACAUGAACUGCUGACACCAGCCUCUAGAACUAACCCAGCCUUACUCAUGCAUAUGGAUAUUUUAUUAUGUAGUCCAAUGGAUAUGUAUAUCCGCACUCUGUAAGUUUCUGGUAAAAUGUGCUGUUGAUGUGUGUGCAAGCUUUGUGGAGAAAUCCCCUGGCACUGGAGUGAACUUACCUGCUUUAUAACUCUCUCCAAAUUACGGAGUUUGUUUCUGUGCAUCAAGUAGCAAGUAUUUUAUUAGUAUUUAGUGUGACAUUAUCAGCUUUGCUUUCCAGAACUUUCUGGUAUGCAUGUAAGGUGUGCUGUUGGCCUGUCACCACUGUGCUGUUUUUGUUAACUGAGCAGCCUUUUCACAUACCCUUAGCCACUGGGCCAUUAACAUGAGAAAACUUUUUUUGUAUUAACAAAUUGCAGUGCUGGUACAUCUUUUCCAUAGCUUUUAAAAUGCAUUUUCAUGUUAGAAUCUGUUUGAUUCUUUUGCUUUCCAAGUAUCACAUAUGUCUGCUGCAAAGGCGUAUGAUGGCAACAAGGUAGACUGUUUUUUCUGAAAAUUGCUUUCUUAAUCAGGUGGACUAGACAUUUUUCUUUGGAAGACAAAAACAUUUAAUAGAUAUAAAUGGCACUUGUGUUGUCUUUUGGGGAAGAGACAAUAGUAAUACCCAUUUAAAACAUUAUUUAGCAUUUUAAUUUGAGAGUUUAUAUUAGUGUGAAUGAACUGGUAGUGUUUGUGAACGUGACUGUUUUUCUUCCAAAAGUCUUAUUGGGAUUAGUUUUAGUCAAAUAAAUGCUGCAAGACAUGUUCUAGGAUGGUUUUCAAGGAUUCCCAAGCAAAAUAAUGCAGUGCAAAUUCAAAAAUACAUAUGGCUUUCUUCCAGUGAACUUUGUAUGAUGACAAACCAUUUAAUUUUUGUUCAUAAGAAGACUCAUAGCUGCUUUGAGUAUUUUACACUUUAGGAGAAGAUUCCAUAUGGAUUAUAAACACAGAUGGUUUAAUUUGUUAAAGGGUCCAGAAUACAAAUUCUGUUAAGACCAAUUCUGCAUUUUCCUUAGUCAAAUAAUUAAACUCUUUUUUUUUAAAAAAAGUAUAAAUAACUAAAUACUAAAAUACACUUUUAAAAAAACAACAUGGAAAGCUUUCUGAAUUGGAAACAUUAACAGAUCAAAGCCUAAAAAGGGAAUGAAAGUGACAAGUAAGAUUCCAGAUACUUUGGACUAAGUGGGCAUGAAAAUAUUGCUCAUUGUAAAUGAAAGAGGUUAUUUUCAUAUAAAACUUUUUUGUACUUCAUGAACUUUGUUCUCAACAGCUUAGGGGUAGGAAAAGAGUCUGGCUUACAGCUAUAUUUGAAAUUUCAUGAUUACCAAAGAAAAAUGAAUCACUGGAAAUGAGUUGACUGUAUUCAAGUAUAUAUAUAUAUAUAUAUAUAUCUAUCUUUGUAGGAUGCACAUGAUUUCUAACACUUAUAUUUCUAUCAUUAAUAGCCAGAAGAUCUAACUCAUUCUGCAUUGCCUUUUCAAAUUGAUAGUUUAAUUUAGAGAAAGGGAUCCACCUAAACAGCUUCUAGUUUUACUGAGCAUAAAUUGUAAAAAACUGUAAACAUAAGUAAAAAUGCUGCAUUAUCACUGCAGAUGAGUAUUUCUGCUGUUAAAACUUUAAGCCUUGGAAAUAAUUCUGUUUCUUGCAUUUCUGAUAAUAUCAUUAUGCUAACCUCACUGCAUGGAAUAAAGCUGUACAGCUCUGAACCUGGGCUUGUGGAGGAAAAAAGCUGCUAUAAAUCUAAACCAGAAUAAAAUCUGCUGAAGCCAUUCUUCAGUUUUAAACAUC